AAAAAACUCCAUGCUUUUGUUUUGUUUUUCCGUGUGUACAUACAGGUGGAGUCUGGUAAGGAAUACUGCAUGAACUAGUAACAAAGAAAAGUUCCAAAGUGAAAGAGAGAGUAAACAAAGAAGAAGAAGAAGAAGAAAAUGGAGGUUGGGUUUUUGGGACUGGGAAUAAUGGGGAAAGCCAUGUCAAUGAAUUUGCUGAAGCGUGGAUUCAAAGUCACUGUUUGGAACAGAACUCUGUCUAAGUGUAAUGAACUGGUGGCUCAUGGUGCCUCAGUUGGAGAAACCCCUGCAGAAGUCGUUAAGAAGUGCAAGAUCACCAUUGCCAUGUUGUCUGAUCCCGCUGCAGCUCUUUCGGUUGUUUUCGACAAAGAUGGUGUGCUCGAGCAAAUUUGCAACAGUAAAGGUUACAUUGACAUGUCAACUGUUGAUCCCGAGACUUCUUGCAAAAUCAAUGAGGCAAUUACAUCAAAGGGUGGUCACUUCCUUGAGGCCCCUGUUUCAGGUAGCAGGCAGCCCGCAGAAACUGGUCAACUAGUGAUUCUCGCUGCUGGGGAGAAGGCAUUGUAUGAGGAAGCAAUUCCAGCUUUCGAUGUCUUGGGAAAGAAGUCUUUCUUCUUGGGACAAGUUGGAAAUGGAGCAAAAAUGAAACUUGUUGUUAACAUGAUAAUGGGCAGUAUGAUGAAUGCAUUUUCGGAGGGACUUGUACUGGCUGAGAGAAGUGGACUGAAUCCACGUAGCCUUCUUGAUGUACUGGACUUGGGUGGAAUUGCUAAUCCAAUGUUCAGAGGAAAGGGACCGGCAAUGCUUCAGGACAAUUAUUCCCCUGCAUUUCCUUUGAAACAUCAGCAGAAAGAUAUGAGGUUGGCUCUUGCCCUAGGGGAUGAAAAUGCAGUAUCAAUGCCAGUCGCAGCCGCAGCCAAUGAGGCUUUCAAGAAGGCGAGAAGCAUGGGGUUGGGAGAUCUGGACUUUUCAGCUGUUUGUGAGACCGUGAAGGUUCUUAAACAUUCAUCUUGAUACCGUGGAUGUUAAUGUCUUGAAACAUAAAGGAGGGACCUCACUUGGUUAAUGAUUUAGGGAGUCACAGCUUCAUUAGAUGGGUUCAGUGUUGAUUCAUACUCAUAGCGCCUAUGGAGUUCCUACACAGGGAAGCAUCCCCCUUGUGUGAUGUUGUUCUUAAGUACACCUCUAUUAUUACCCAAAACAGCUGGUUUGGAAGUUGGUAAUAUCAUGUUAUAAAAAUGGUCUGUGGUUCUGCGUUUUUAUCC